AAGGCGACAAAACGGAAGAGGCCUCUCGCAACGAAUGCCGAAGGAGGGGGCCAAAGUUGCCAGAUUACGCGGAAUAUCCCUAGCACUCGACCCCACUCGGUUCCACGCGAACGCGAAAACGAACGAACCCGCUGGCUCGUUUUCAACGCGGAAGCCCACAACACCGAGGGCGCACACGAACGAACCAAUUGCCGCGCAUGCGUCGAAAUUUUAUUCGAAAUCGCGUUUUUGUUUCAAUAUCGGAAGAAAUUAUAACCUCGGAGUCCCGAUGAAUGCCGACGAAAGUGAUAAGGACCUGACCUGGUUCGAGAAGGGUCAGGUACUCAAAAUGGUCUCGUUGAAAUGGCUAAUAAUCUACGGUUCGCUGGCGCCGUUUUUUAUCAUGCUCACUACGCUCUACGUUCUCGGAGUGGCGAGGUAUGUCACCGACUUGGAGGAGAACACGUGCGAGAUGACGUACAUGUUCGAGUAUCCGCAGUACGUGAGAAUAUCUUUGAAAGAUGAUAUAGAAGAGAAAUACCCGCGAUUUGGAUUGUACGCCUAUGGAGAAGGUUUUCAAACGGAAAAGUUGAGAAGAAUGCACUUUUCCGGUAUACCAGUUCUUUUUAUACCAGGCAAUGCUGGAUCUCACGAGCAAGUACGAUCCAUUGCUUCGGUGAGUUUGAGUAAGAGCCGAAAGACUUCCUUCCACUUUGACUUUUUUACUGUUUCAUUCAGUAAGGAUUAUUCUGCGUUCUACGGAGGUAUACUUAUGGAACAAACUGUGUACGUCUCGCAUUGUAUAAAGGCAAUACUAGCUCUGUACAAGGGCAGGAUGGACAACGUUGUGUUGAUUGGUCAUUCUAUGGGUGGUAUUGUAGCGAAGGGUGCUCUGCUGCUAGCACCAAAUAUGAACGCUUCGUUUGCAAGUAUGAUAAUAAACUUGGCUACUCCUCAUACUCCCUCUUUAGUCCUCGAUAGUGUCCUCGCCAAUUAUUAUCACGAGCUGGAGAUACGUAUGCACCAGAUUAAGGAUGCGGGCGUAAAGACAGUGUCGAUUGGAGGUGGGCCGCGCGACAUACUUGUACCCGCCGUGCAAACUUUCGAUCACACAGCGGAUAUCAAUGUUCUUUCUACGAGUAUACCGGUCGUUUGGAAAUCCACAGAUCAUUUGAGUAUCUUAUGGUGUAAACAGCUAGUAUUCGCGAUUGUGCGUUCGCUGUUUGAUUCCGUAGAUUAUUCGGCGAAGCCACUUAAAAUUACAUCGGACCCUAGUUUGAAGAUGGAAUCUCUGUCCUAUCACUUCUUACGACAUACCUCGGGCAAGAAACUGUAUCGUUGUGCCGAUAGAAUUCAAUUCGAAGCCGAUGGCGAAUGGGUGAAUAUACCUCAACAGUAUGUCUGGAAUAAUAACGGAGUUAAAAAGUCCUCUACCAUAUAUCUUGCGGUGGAACUAUUUCAUAAAUCUGACUUCUUAACUAUUGAUGCAAUCAAUUUACAAAACAAGGAUUGGUUGUUUGUGUGCUCAGCAUUAAAGAAAGAAGGCCAAAAACCAAUUUGCGAAUGGGGUUGGAAUUUGACAAAUAAAACAAGAAUUUUACCUGACCCUUCAUAUCGACCGAGGAGGACUGUUGAUCUAAAUCUAAAAGAGAUAAAGUAUCCGCAUAUCACGCAUGCCGUUGUGAGAAUAACUCCAGCUGAUUUGGAGAAAUAUCUUACAAUCAGCUUCGAUUCCUAUUUUUACAACAAUCGAAUCGAAUCUACAAGAAAUAAAUUUUUACAUCCUAAAUAUCUCUUUGGCUUUCGUGGACCUAAUUUGAUUGAAACUGUCAAAGGAAGUGUGAGACAUUACGUCACACUUUCCAACAUUAUAGACGCAAUCACAAUCGAUUUGAAGUCGCCUAAUUGCCCCAAGCACCACGCUAUUGUUGAGUUACUAGAGGGGUCGAAUGAAGGGUCGACUCAAUCGAGAAUCUUCACGAAUGUAGACGACGGUCCAAAAACGAUGAAAAUACAGACGCUCUAUGGACAUUCCAAUGACACAGCAAGUUUAAGAGUGACGCUAGAAUCAGACUGCAUUUAUAUGAUUAAUAUUCAACCUGGAGGAAUCGUAGAUAAGGUUUCUUGUCGAAUACGAGACCGUUGGCCAUUACUUUACAUGGCUGUUAUCAGUUUACUCCUACUUUUCGUCUCUACGAGGAUACAUUACGAUUCAGAUAUUGUACCAACAAUAGUCACUACCAUAAUAUUAUCCUUCUUCUACAACGUUACUUACGAAACCUGCAUCGCUCUGUGUAUCAUUGGCAUAUCUGCGAUUGGUGUAUGUUGCUCCGUCAUAUUUCUUGGUGCUGUUGCACAUGGAAUAGCCGUCAGGUUCUUGGCGCGUGCAAUAGCGUUCUCAGUAACAUGGUCAGACUGGUUAUUGAGCGGUCUAAACCAGCUGCCGUUUAUUACCACUGUCCUCGUGCUGUCUGUAAUUCCAGCAACAUGUGGAGCUCUUGGUAUGCUAAUCUCGGUAUUCCUUUACUUUUUGAAGUUAACAAGGAUGUACGAAGAUUAUUUAGAGGACAUAUUACUGGCCCCACUCCAACAUUUCAAUUGGUUCAAACGUUUCAAGAAUAUAAGGAGCGAAGAAGAAAAUGACAAAAGUAUCAGUCAAGAGAUAUACAAUCAUCUUAUUCUGUUUCUGUUGUACGCUUUUGCUGCAAUUCCAGCAAUUCCAUCAGUCCUAGUUUGGGCAAAGAAUUUCAGCUACGAUAUGAGACUCUCUACUGAAGACUCUGUCCUAAUGACAAGUUGGGUAAUAUUAGCUGCAUGCAGCACAUUAGGUAUUGUACAGAUUUCUCCUAUUCGUAAGGGUUAUCGCUCGCUUAUAUUAAGCAAUACAUUACGUUUCGUGAGUUGGGUCAUUCUUUCCACGACAGCAGCUCCGCGUCCGUCCUUUUAUCAAUGGUGUAUGCCACCUCUUACUGCCCUAGUAGUAACGUUUAUCACAUUAAAUUCUAUAAUUCCUCAUGGACGGUCUGAUUAAAUUAUUAAUUAAAGAGAAGAAUUAUUAUACAUAAUUUACAGUUUACAUUAAUUGGCACAAAUAUAUUUACAGUUUUGCCUAUUGUUCAUCAUUAAUUUUGUACAAUAAUCCGAAUUUAUGACCAUAGCAACAUAUAUUUAAAAUUGCCACACGUUUCUAAUAUUAUAACUCGAACAAAUGAUAAAACAUCACAGCGUGACGUAUGAGUAUUAUUUUAUAUAAAAGUAAUCAAAAUGUAAUC